GAUUUCUUAAAUUUAUUUUCUAAGAGCAUUAAUAAAAUAUAAAAUUAGCCGUACCUUAUGUGAAUUAAAAUAGGUGGAAGAAGGAGUUGUUACAUAAUUGUAGGUUUUGGGUGAGUGCGAGAUGGAAGAGGAGACAGGGCAGCGCAAAGUGAAAGCAGGGCAGUUGAAGAAGAGAGCCCUAAAGAACAAAGCUUUGGGCAUCAAUUUCAACGAGAAAGAUCUCAAAGACUACGUCACUGGCUUUCACAAGCGCAAGAAGAAGCGAAGAAAGGAAGCCCAGAAGCAACAGAACGAGGUACUACGCCGCAAACGCAACGAGGAACGCAAAAAGAGAAAAUUGGAAAGGGAAUUCGUUCAUCACGGAGGCGUGCCACCUGGUGAAAUUGAUGAGUGCCAAGAAGAAGUUCCGGAGCAACAUGAAUCUAUUGCUGAAACGAAGACAUACGAAAAUGAUGAUUUGAAAGUCACUGUCGUAACAAGUGAGAUCAACCCUGAAGAAGAAAGUUAUCCUAGUGAAAGGAAAGUGGCAGCAGUGUCCCCUGAUUCUGUUGUGGCUGAUAAAAGGCAUGCGGUACCUGUAAGUAAUAAGAAAUCUUUUAAGAAGGUUGCAAAACAUAGAUCACGGCCAAGGCCAGCAAGUAAGAGAGAUAAGAAGAAAAGAAAGACACAGGGCAAGAAGUGAUGGUAACUGGGUGCCUUGUAUCUUCAGGACAUUCCCAGGUCUACAAUGAACUAUAUUUUUGUGGAGGUGGUUAUGAAGUUCAGUAACUUAGCUACUGUGAAGGGAGAAUUCGUGUUUGCCUAUUGCAGGAUUUGAUCUUGUUUCAUAGUUGAAAAUAUAUCUAGUUAGUUACCUGGUUCCUGAUGCUCGUGACAGGAUUUUCUUCACCAGGGUCAUUGCUGUCUUCCCAUUUUGGGGAUUCAAGAGUUAAAGAACAAAAACCUAUUAUUUUCUCCUCUUUGUUAGUUAAACUGGUAGCUCUGUUGUGUGUUACACAUUUAAUUCAUUCACAUAUUUAACUUUCUAGUUUUUCUUUUC